AUGCGAUGCGCGAGCAAGGCCGCCGAGAGCGAGUCCGCACGUCUCUGCGCUAGUCACGAAGACACUCAUGUCUUCACAGAGUAUGAGCUCGGUGUCUCAUACUCUCCCGAUACUGAAGAUGGAUCUGUAUCAAAGGCGAUCGAAACCAAGCCGCCUGCCAAGCGUGGCAUGGAUGAUGCUACGCGUCGUAGCAUCUUUGGUUCAUCAGAAGAAUCAGAUGAACCAUCGCCGUAG